AUCACAUACGGGAUAUCAGUCAUGAACUGGUGCCUGAGUUUGUUACUGGUACUGGCGUUUCUAUUAUCUUGGCUAACGCGAGAUAAAAUUUCUAAAGAGAGAAGUCAAAGAUGUGCAGAGGUGAUGAAAAAUGCAAGCACGACAGCUGUCUCUAGUUCCGGAGAGACUCCGCCACACAGCCCUCCCACUAAUAUUCUACAAUCCUUAACAAUCAACAAUUUUGUGCCUCUGGAGUUUUACUACGUUGAUGACACAAACAAAGGCAAAGGUACACAUUACAAGUACAGUCGAGAUGAUAUCGAACAUUUCAUUCAUCAGGCUGAUAACCGGAAGUCCAUUAUUUACAACACUUUACAGCAGGUGGAUGGCGACGUGAACCAAGCAUGGAAACAUUACACGAAGUCAGUCGAUUGGCUCAUGAUGGCAUUGCACACGUAUCCAAUCCGUGGCUCAGAAGUUGUUGUGUUCGGAUCUACUGAACCGUGGAUCGAAGCUAUUGCAUUGGCAUUUGGUGCAAGUCACGUGACCACAGUAGAGUACAACAGACUGACGUACGAUCAUCCACACAUAACAACAACAACUCCAAAUACGUUUUAUCAAAAUCAUUACGAAAACCUCCACUACGAUGCUGCUUUUUCUAUCUCAAGUUUUGAUCACGAUGGUCUUGGUCGUUAUGGCGAUCCUAUUGAUCCAAAUGCAGAUAUGACAGCAAUGCAGUUAGUACGUUGUGUACUCAAGCCAAAUGGUCUUCUGUUUCUUACUGUUCCUAUAGGUCCUGAUGUAAUUGUCUGGAAUCUGCAUCGUCGCUAUGGCACAGUGAGACUGCCCAAACUACUAGAGAAAUGGACACAAGAGGAUGUAGUUGGUUGGGACAUCGAACGACUGACGAGAAAUGUAUCUUGGAGGAUAUCCUAUGAACCGGUGUUCGUAUUGAGAAACAGUAUUGACGUAUGAUUGAUGGAAUGUUGCCAAUUUAUAUUUCAGUAAUAAUAUUAUUAAUACAUUAAUAUCAAUAAGUAUUAUUAUAAUUUAAGAAAAUUAAAUUAAUUAUUAAUUUA